GAAUUCACUGUUAUGUUGCUCUGCAGGUACGUGUCACUCAAGGCCAGGAACCGGCCCAUUUGAUGAGCCUGUUCAAGGGGAAACCCAUGAUCAUCCACAUGGGUGGGACUUCACGUAAAGGUGGUCAAAGUCAGACUGGCAAUACUCGCCUUUUCCAUAUCCGCCAGAGCUCCACCCGUGCAACACGCGCUGUGGAGGUGGAACCCACUGCAUCUAAACUGAAUACUAACGACGUGUUUGUGCUGAAGUGUCCUGGCGGCCUGUUUCUGUGGAAAGGAGUGGCUGCUUCAGAGGAAGAAAUGGCUGCUGCUAAACACGUCUGCAGCUUCCUUGGAGGCAGUGCCACAGACAUUUCAGAGGGCAAAGAGCCGGCUGGGUUUUGGUCAGAUUUGGGUGGAAAGAAGGACUAUCAAACCUCUAAAAGUCUGCAGAAGACUGUUAAACCUCCACGUCUCUUUGGCUGCUCCAACAAGACUGGACGUUUAAUUGCUGACGAAGUGCCUGGAGAUUUCACUCAGUCUGAUUUGGCCACUGAUGAUGUCAUGCUGCUGGACACCUGGGAUCAGAUCUUUGUUUGGAUUGGUAAUGAUGCCAACGAGGUGGAGCGGAAUGGAGCAGAUAAAAUAGCCAAAGAUUAUGUGGAUUCUGACCCCUCUGGUCGCCGUGGCACCCCGGUCAUUACUGUAAAGCAAGGGUUUGAGCCCCCAACCUUCACUGGCUGGUUCCAGGCUUGGGAUGCAAAGAUGUGGGACACAGACCCACUGGAUCGCAUCCGUGGUCGUUUCUAAAAGCAGACGCAUUCAGACACGCAAACCUUUAUAUACUUUUCCAUAGUUUCCAGAAUACUCACCUCAACAGUAUGCAAUAAUGCUGCAUGUUAAGCCACUAUGUACUGUAUUUUGCUACUGUUAAUGACUUUUUGCCUUUUUGAUUCCUAUGCAUUGACUUUGCCUUUUUAUACAAUUAAACUCUUUUAUAUUUUCUUUUAUAUGCUUCUGUAUUCCAGUGAUGUUUUCGACUACAUGGUCUUUAUGAUUUUGAAAAUGACAAGAAAUGGAAAUGGAAAAUGUUUUUUUAUAUAAGCAAGA